AUGGGGGAAUUGAAAAUGGAGGAUGUUACGCUCCCGGCACUCUUCGAGCAAGCUCGGAAGAUCCAUUCUACCGCCACGGAGUCCUGUGCUGAUCAGGAAGCGCUGAGAAGAGGGUGCGAGGCACUGGAGAAGUGCGAGGAAAUGGUGGGCAAGCUGGGUUUGUUCUCCGCUAAUGAGUCCAAGGAAGAUAUUAGCACCGCCAAUCUGAAAUAUAUUCUGGUGCCAUUUUACCUUGCUGAGCUGACUGAGAAAAUUAAUCAGGAUGAUAGGAUUCCGAUACUGAGAGCCUCCCAAGCAAAAUUAAAGGAAUUUAUUGCGUUCUGUGAGGCAAUGGAACUUGCACCUGUGGAGGAGCUGCAGGCAUCAUUGCAAGGAGGUCCAAAUUCAGUUGUGGAUCGUAGGGCUCAAAAGAUUGCUAGGUUCAAGCGCCAAAAAGCUGCAGAGGCAAAGUUGCUGGAAAUAAUGGAGCGGAAAGAGAGGCGUGGUCGUUCGACUAAGGCUUCUGCAUUGUCUACGCCUGUUGAAGCUGGAGAAGAAGACCUUCUGGAUGAUGAUGGAGAAGAAGAAAGGGAGGCUUGGCUUACAACCAUAUCGUUGGCUAUCUGUAAGGCUCUUGAUCUAUUGGAAAUGUUGAAGAAAGAAGACGAGAUGCUUUCUGCUGUUAGAGAAAGACUAUUGAAGGAAGGAGAUAAUGAGUUUUCUCAGGCAGUGCUUGAUGAACGAGCAAAGAAAGCAGAGUCAUGGCAUCGUGGUGCUGCCACUCGAGCACAGUUUACAAAACCUUCCCCUCCGAUCACAUGUGCUACCUUUGCUCAAGAUAUACUAGAAGGACGAGCAACUGUUUCCCAGGCACACGAUCACAAGCACCAGCCCAUGAUAUUUGGGCCAGCAAGUCUCAUUAAUUCGCGCCCAACAAACGAGAGAGAAAGGAUCGCUGCGCAGGUCUUCCAACCUGGUCACAGGUUGCCGACAAUGAGCAUAGAAGAAGCUGGGUUGGCAGAGAUGGAUAUUAUGAACAAAUGGCAAGAGAGAAAUGUUAAGAUGAUGGAAGAAGCCAACUCCGCCUGGUACAAGGACAACAACAGUGGUAAGCCGAGAUCAGGUGAAGAGGAAGAAGAUGAUGAAGACGAUGAUGAUGCAGUUGCACGGGCUAGAGCGUUCGACGAUUGGAAAGAUGAGAACCCUCGUGGCGCGGGCAACAAGAAGCUUACCCCUUGCGGUUGA